CGAAAAGCGCGCGCAAUUUUCAAACCGCCGUCUUAUCAAUUGGAGAUAAUUGAGAUAAGUGCGAUAAAGUUGUUUAUGUAACAAGUGGCGUUAUGGCGGGCGGCGCGCGAGUUGUGGUGGACGUGGACGUGGGCACUGACGACUAUUUAGCGCUUUUGGUUCUCCUCCAUGCCGACGGACGUGGGGAUAUCAAGAUCGAGGGAAUCGUUUGCACCGCAGGGAAUACGACUAUAGAAAACGUCUGCGUUAACGUGGUGCGGCUGCUGGAGACGGUGGGGAGGACCGACAUACCGGUUUGGAGGGGCGCCGGCCGGCAGUUCAUUCCGAUCGCGGAAGGGAUUGAUUCGAAUUUUCACGGGGCCGAUGGGUUCGGGGGGCUGGAGUACGAGACGCAGCCGGAUGUGAGUGUGAUCAGGAAGGGGCCGGCGGCGGCGGCGGUCGCCGAUUUGGUGCUGAGGAAUCCUGGUGAGAUCACGCUGAUUUGUUUGGCGCCGUUGACGAAUUUGGCGCUUUCGCUGCGGUUGUAUGAUGAUUUUGCGGGGGCGAUUAAGGAGCUUUGGAUUAUGGGGGGCAACUACACAGCUUGCGGCAAUGUUACGUCCACCGCAGAAUUCAACUUCUACUUCGACCCAGAAGCCGCCUUCAUCGUUCUCGAAUCGAUAACAAAGCCCAUUUUCAUCCUAACAUGGGAAACCUGCCUCUAUCCCAAAAUACCAAUGGACUGGCGCUUCAACGUCUUUGGAGUCAAAAACAACCCCGCAAUCCAACUGUUAACGAAAGCCGACCGCAACAUUUACCGCAAGAGCGACUUCUGGCUCCCCUGUGACGCCUUCCUCGCGGCCGCUUUCGUCAACCCCAGCAAGAUAAUCACGAAAACCAGCCGCCACAACGCCAGCAUCGAGCUCCACGGGUCCCAAACCCGCGGCCAGGUGGUCCUCGACCACUCCAAAACCAAAAAAGAAAACGUAACAAUAAUCGAGCAAAUCAACACCGAGCUCUUCCAGGAAAUGCUAAUGCAACUGUAACUCAUAACUAACUGAUAUUUUAUUCAAAACAAUAAUAAUAUACAUCAUUACACUUAACAAAAA